CUGGUGCUGCUGGAAUCCUUGUCAUUACACUGACCCCCUAAAUGGAGUCUCAGGUGCCACUGGACCCCCGCGCUCGUGACUCAGGCCCCGUGUUCAGUGGGGUUGCUCCUGAAAUUAUCGAGGACACGCUGAUCCACUUGGCCACGGAGAAUGAGCAGUACCUGAGUGAGCUGCCGGAGCAGGCUGGGUACUUCAGAGAGACACGGAUCGUGGAGUUUAUAUUCCUUUUGUCUGAAAAAUGGCACUUGGAUCUGUCGACAAGGUACCAGGCAGUGGAGUUACUUGAAAGGUUYAUGAUCAAGCAGGUAGAACAGAUGUGUGAGAGCAGAGGGAACUCUAAAGAUCGUGCCCAAGGGCAGGGGAACAGCUGGAGCUCUGUGAGGGAUCAGAUAGCCAACACCUUUGUCCUGCGCCUCGUGUCGUGCAUUCAGCUCGCCAGCAAACUCUCCCUGCACUACAGCAGAGUGACCAGUGACACAGCUUUAAAAUUCCUGCAAUCCUUAAAAUACUCCUACACUAAGCAGGAGUUGCUGGAGUCAGAGCUUGCUGUUUUAAACACUCUGCACUUCCACAUCAAUGUGUCAACUCCGCUGACCUACGUGGAAUUGCUUCUGGAGGUUCUAGGAUACAACGGCUGCUUGCUUCCUGUGAAACCCUUGCACCAGCUGUGUGUGCAGCUCCUGGACUUCUGCUACCUGACCAGAGAGACCAUCUAUGACACUUUGCUGAAGGUUGCCAUCGAAAACUCCACACCAAGCAAACUGCAGAUAGCCAAGUUUUUAACAGUGAAGGAAGAUUCCAUGCUCUUGGCCGUUGGAAUCAUCAGUACAGACUGUGGAACAUUUAAAUGCCAUCACUGGCAUUACUCAACAAAGUAUUCUGGAGUUCUCCUAUGCUGUGCUGAGCUGUGUAGUUGGCAGCACCACACCCAAACAGCACCACGGGAACUGUGCAACCAAAUCUUCCAAGGAGAGAAUUCUGCCUCAAAAAUAGAACCACCUUGUUGGUCCAGUCUCCAGUCACUGGUGCAGCAGCAGCAGCAGCUGUCACACUGCUGCCAACAGUCAGUCCCUCCUCUGUGACACUGCCCAGGCACCCAGCACAGCUCAGGGUUACCUGUGGUUCUGAGCACCAGGGAUUCUGGAACAGCCUGUCAGUCACGUGUUAAUUAGCAAAGCUCAUCAUGAUAGGCAUCACACUCAUGCUCUGAAGGGGGCCCCAACAGCACCAUAGUGUUUAGAAAUGCCCCAAAAGCUUUAGUGUAAGAGCUGCAUCUUUUAAGUUGGGAAUCUAAGUUCCCUUUAACCAAAGAGAUCCCUCAGAGCAGUCGUGUUUGAAAGGUGCUGCCAUGCCUGGUGCUGGGGAUUGCUGGGACCAGCUCUCACMCCCACAUUACAAAUGGGGCUGCACUGUCUCCUCUUGCUGCUUUGCUAAAAUCCCUGUCUCAGCUGCCUGUGCUGUUCCCUCUGCCAGCACUUGGACCYCGUUUGCUCUUGCCUUAGCACAGCCAGCCCUGAGCAGCAUUUGAUGAGGACAGAAUUGUGCCAGGGCUGUGACUGUCACCACAGCCCUUUGAGUGCCAGGGGGUUGCCUGUGUGAGGCACUGCUGGCUGAAAACACUUGAAGUGUGGARUAUUUUUAUUGUUUUCUUUUGCAGCCGGUUCCUGCACAGGACUGCACGAGAGAUUACAGGGUUUUAAAUAGUAUCAAACCUUGUUAAAUUCUGUAGCAGGAAGAAGUGCUGCUAGGACUUAGAAAAUACUUUAUUUCAAACUGCAGUUACUCUUCAAUGACCAAGCAGAGUUCUGGGAGUUUUUCAACAUUAUUUCCCUGUGU